AUGGGGCUACGCUACGACAUUGAGGAAGCUGUUAGACCUCUGGGCAUUCGUCAGUUUCAAGUGCUAGUAGAGAAAGCCAGAGAGGUGGAAGCCAUGAAGAACCGUCGGGGAAGCCGACAAGUGAGUGGUGGGCCAAUCCGGUCUAAUCCACAACAACUGAGGAAAGAUGAUAAGGGAAGGAAGCCCUUCCCCAAGAAACCCUACCAACGUCCCCAAGCAAGAGGACACAGUUCAGGACAGCGCUACAGUGGAGUUACAACCAACACUGGGGCACCUACCCCACACCCUGAAGUCAUCUGCUUCAAGUGUCACAAACUGGGACAUUUAGCCAACCACUGCGACGAUAAGGCUUUCAACUGCUGGAAUUGCAAUAAGCCUGGACAUCUGUCAAGGGAUUGCAAGGAACCUAAGGCAGAGGCUUCACACGACACUGACAGGGGAAAGCACCCUAUGGCCACGGGAAGAGUUUAUGCACUGUCUGGGCAGGAGGCUGUCGGUGGUAAGAACCUUAUUCAAGGCACCUGUUUCAUAGCUAAUCCUCCACUACUUGUCUUAUUUGAUUCGGGUGCUACCCAUUCUUUCAUAUCUACGGACUGUGCAAGGAAGUUAGAGCUGACUACAACUGACUUGUCUUUUGAUCUUGUGGUGUCGACCCCGGGCACCAAGAGUAUGGUUACGAGGACAGCCUGUCUAGGGUGUUCCAUGACCUACGAAGGUAGGAAGUUCUUCGCAAAUUUCCUAUGCUUACCCCUCGAUCAACUAGAGGUAAUCAUUGGGAUGGAUUGGUUAGUAGAGAACCAUGUCCUUCUCGACUGUCCUAACAAGACAGUAAUCAUACCUGACCCUGACGCUAUCAAAUACCUAAAAUCGCAAGCUGCGAAAGAAGAGUCACCUGCGAUGAACUCAACAAUGGUCGAGGAAAAGAAAGAUAGUAGUGUGCAGGGCAUACUAGUAGCUCAGGAGUUCGGCGACGUAUUUCCAAUCGAUGUACCAGGAAUACCACCAGUUUGA